CAUGAACAUGGAAACCCAAAGCUUCUUAUCAUCCACCUUCCAAAAUUCCUUCAUCUGUUCUUUAAAACCUCAUUGAAAACCUAAAGUUCUUAUUUUGUCGCGAUGGAGACUCACUUCAAUCACACUCUCUUCGAUAGGCGACCCUUCCUCAAGUCUAAGGCUCCCGCUGUUAAAUGGGUCAAAGAAUGGGUUCCCCAAGAUGUUGUAGCAACUGGUGGGAAGUGCAUGCUCUUAAGAUGGGUGACAGAGGAUACCAUAAAGGCCUUGAAAGAAAAGGAAAAAGAGCCUUCAGCACCGGAGCCAGAACCAGAACCUACUACUGAAGUACUUUUUCUUUGCAGCUAUGAAGGCUGUGGAAAGACAUUCAUAGAUGCUGGUGCUUUGAGGAAGCAUUCUCACAUCCAUGGAGAGAGGCAAUUUGUUUGCCAUUAUGAGGGAUGUGGAAAGAAAUUUCUGGACAGCUCUAAGUUGAAAAGACAUUUCCUCAUUCAUACAGGGGAGAGAGAUUUUGUGUGUCCUCAUGAAGGCUGUGGUAAGGCCUUCUCCCUGGAUUUCAACCUGAGGUCUCACAUGAAGACACAUUCACAAGAAAACUAUCAUAUAUGCCCAUACCCAGAUUGUGGAAAGAGAUAUGCUCAUGAGUACAAGCUAAAGAAUCAUAUUGCAUCUCAUCACGAAAAGAAUGCAUCUGUGGAUAUGGCAAAGUAUACUCCGCCAUCAGAGAAGCAAACAAAAGCUACUAAACCUUCUGGAGGAACUUAUGGCUCAGCUUCAUCUGAUCGCCCAUAUGCAUGUCCUUAUGAAGGGUGUGAAAAGGCCUACAUUCAUGAAUACAAGCUUAAACUCCAUUUAAAGAGGGAGCACCCUGGGCAUGAUGAAAAUGCUGUGCAUGCUCUGGCAAAUGCUGACAAUGAAAUGGAUGAAGCAAGUGACCAAGAUGCCUAUGGUGCGAAACGAUCAAAUGGUAAAAGUCAGAAGCAAAAUAAGCCCAAGCCAAACUUGAAGUUGCCUCCUUCCAAAAUUUCCCAACGAAAAGGGUCUGUUCCAACUCCUGCCGCUUUAAAUGUGAUUAAAAAACCUUGGCCUGUUAAAGAAGAAACGUACGAUGAAGACAGCGAAGAAACUGAGGAGGAUCGUGACAACGUUGAAGAUGGUUGGAGAUAUGCUGGAAACAACGAAGACGAUGAUGAGGAAACAGAAUAUGAAGACUGAUAUUUACUUAUUGACAUCUUCUCUAUGAAUGAAUAUAACCUCAUAUUUUUAAUCUGUUACCAGAUUUUUCUUUUUAAUUUGCUUCAAAAAAUGCCAUUAUCUUUUCUUGCACAGUAUAUUGGUUAUUGGAAACAUGAAUGAUACCGUAGGAGACGAAUUUAUUAUAUUAAUAAAAGGGAAUUUUACAUUCUUUUUUGGUUU